GGGGGGGAAAGAUCUAAAUUUUUUUAUAUGUUUAUUUUUCAUUUACAUAACUGUAAACAGACAGCGAUAGAUCCGGGGAAAAAAUAUUGUACAUUAGACGAGUCAUUUAGUUAGGUUGAUGUGAAGGUUUGAAUUGAAAAUAAAUGUGUUAAUGUGGUAUCAGUUGCUAUGGUGAUUAAGAUUUGGGAAAAGGGAGGCAAUUUUUUAGGUUAUCUAUCUAGAUGCGGCGUCACAUAAAUGUGGAUGAACGUGGGGAUGAAGCUAGAUAGAUAACCUAAAAAACUGAGUUAUUUUCCUUUGGGGAUGUGCCACUUCUGUUGUUGAUUGCUUUAGAUGAGCUUUGUCGUUUUUAUAAGGGACUUACGAAGAAAGCUACGUUAGAAUUAUGUCAUUUUAUGCUGUAAGAAUAGGACGAACACCUGGUAUUUACUGUAGUUGGGACGUGUGUAAAAAGCAGGUUGAUGGAUUUUCAAAUAGUAAGUUAGUCUGCAAUUUAUACACCUUUUCGUAAAAAAUGUGUGAUUUUAGGUCAGUUUAAGAAGUUUCACGACAAAGAAGCGGCUGAGCAUUUUCUAAAUGGGUUUGCAACUGUGAAGGUAGUCGCUGAUGUUGAAGCCAAUGAAGAACUUGAUUGGGGUGACACCAGUGAUGGUGAAAUUUUGGAUGCUGUGAAGCUGUUUGAAAGUACGCAGUCGAUAAAGAUUGACGGAAAGGUGAAUUUGAAAAAUGUUGAAUUGAUUGGUAUAAAUGGUAAAAGGCACGAUGCGGUUUCAGAAGAAAAAUGUGAUUGUGGAGAUGAUGAAGAAAAGCACGAAUCGUCAGAUGUUAAUAAUAAAAAUGCCGUCUCCGAUUUAGAAAAAGCAAGUAUUGUCCGAGGUGAAAAAGCGGUUUUAUUAAGCACAUUGUGCCAAUCAGUUGUGGUUUUAGACAUUGGAAGCAACAGUACCAAGAGAUGUUAUCAAGAAAUUCGCACCCCAGAUGAAUCAAUGCAAUUGCAAUGUGAGAAUGUUCGAUUAUCUCCCCCAUCGUUUAAUAAAAAAUUUCACGGAAGCAUUCCGCUGUUACAAAACAGCUUAUCGGCAAUGUAUAUCCAUGAUGAUACGGUUUGGUUCGAGGCCCAAGAAUACAAAGAAAUAGACUAG